GGAUUUUCGGCCCGGAAAAUCUGAGAAAAUAAAAGUUGGAAAAAUCUGUGGACUAGCACAAUGGCAGCCCAGACCAUACUGUUCGACUUCACGCUGGAUAGUGCCAAAACGGCCGACGAGAAGCAGCGCCAGGAGGUGGCCAAGAUACUGCGAAACGAACUGGAGCACGUCUUCCCCCAGCUGGAGCUGGCAUACAGCAUGGAGUCGCCCGAGAACGGGUACUUCUCGGUGCUACACGAGAACAAGGCCACGAUUAUCACUUGCCGCAUCUUCCAGCACGGCCUGCUGACCGUCAAUGUGGAGUACUUCCUGCCCGCUGGCAAGGAGCCCAUAAUGUCCUUUGAUGGCUUGGUGCAUGGCAAGAGCUUGGAAAAUGCCUUGGCCGUGAAACUGAAGGCCAUUAGGGGACAAAAGCUGCCCGCCCUGAGGCGCGGUGAUGUCCCUAGGUAUUUUCCAUCGUCAGAUGAGCGCAUCAUUGAGUACGAUAUCGACAAGCUGGUCUACGAGGUGCGCUCGCCCUUCCAGAAGAUUCAAAUCUUACACUCAAAGACCCUGGGAAACAUGCUGCUGUUAGACGAGCUUCAGAACAUCGCCGAGUCCGAUCUGAUCUAUACGGAAACCCUGAUGGGUCGUGGCAUUGAAAACUAUGAGGGCAAGGAGAUCUGCAUUCUGGGUGGCGGGGACGGCGCCCUGCUGUACGAGCUGCUCAAGGAGAACCCCAAGCACGUGGUGAUGCUGGAGAUCGAUGAGCUGGUGAUGGAGGCCUGCAACAAGUAUCUCAAUUCGAUUUGCGGCGAUGUUCUGGAGAAGCGCAGGAGCGACCAGUACGAAAUCGUUGUGGGCGACUGUGUAGAGUACUUGAAGAAGUUCAUUGGCGAGGGCCGCAAGUUUGACUAUGUGUUCGGGGACCUCACCGACAUACCCAUCACAGGGGCACCUGUCGGUGUCGACUGGGAUUUUAUUAGGACCAUUUUCGAGCACUCGUUCAAGGUGCUGAAGCCCGAUGGCAAGUUCUUGACUCACGGCAACGGUACCAGCUGCACUGAAUCUCUGGAGCUGUUCGAAGAGCAGCUGUCACUGCUCAAGCCGAAGGUUAAGUUCACCACAUCGAAGGCAUUCGUUCCGUCAUUUAUGGAAGAGUGGCUCUUCUAUCAAGUGUCUUUCGCUUGACCAGCUCAAGGCGAACGACCAGUAGCGCGACGACUAGGGGGCAAGGGAGGCCAGCCACGUAUAACAGCACCACCAGCAACUACUAUAAAGACGGAUAAUACCACAACGUGUCUCCGGAAUGCUACUUCCAGCACACCAUCAGCCCACACACCAGCAGCAUUAGCAACAUCUGAAACAUCAACAGCACCACCACACCACAACGACCAGAACAAGCCCAGAACGGAGCUUGAACUACGAGAGCCGCUCAUCAAGCUGCACUCCUACACAGUCACUCUGCACGGAGCAGCAGAAGUCAAGCCGGCGCUGCCCAAGCUCCGGCAGCGUCGUCGCCAGCUACGUGUGCACUAUCACCAUUCUCUGGUUUCUUAGUGGAGGCUAAUGUCAUCGCCAUCGUCAUCCGCAUCGCAUCGCAGCUCAAGGCAUCUCUCAACAGAAGAAGAACAAAACCGAACCCAAACGCACUUCCAAUGGCUGUUACUUACAAUUGAAAACCAAACCAAAUAUUUAUCCAACUCGUUUACGUUUACGAUUAAGUUAGAAGUUAAUUCUGUUCUCGUUCUCGUUUACUGAUUAUUUCACUAACUAAAUUUAAGUCGAAAGUACAAGUUUUAACGACGGGGACAGGCGACACCACAAUUUUACGUAUUUGUGUUUAAUUAAAUUACUUCUAAGCGUGGAAUGUAUGUUUGCGACUACUAGUAUUUGUAUCUGUAGUACAUACCCACAUGUGUGGGUACAUACUCGUGUGUAUUUCUUGUAAUGUAUAUCCUACUACUAUGUACACUCGUAGUGCAGUGCAUAUGUUUAGUUUUCCAUUUACGGGCAAAUGUACGGAAUAUGAGGAGGCAGGCUCGCCCGAGCGAGCAUGUGUGCAUGAGGGUGUGAGGAACGUAGCAUUCGACACCAUCAUUUAUUGCUGUACAAUUAAUAAUACAACUUAUUUCACUUGAAUUUUAACGAAAAUACUUGAAAAGUAAUAAAUAGUCGUACGCAGAAUCAGAA